AAGCGACCUCCUGGAAGGGUGGCAGUUCCAUCAUGCAGUGGAUACUGCACGUGGUUCAGUUCACGUGUUUGCUUGAUGCGCAGGCUGCAUGCCUUUUUUGAACAUAAACCUUGGUAGCAGAAAGCUGUCAGAGAUGCGGUCGAAUCAGCCACCCAGCAAGCAGAAGCCGUUUCAAACUUAGAGCCGUGAUGCUAUACUAUUGCAUGUCAUAAUUUUUGCACAUAUAGUUUUAUAGACAAGAAUCUUAUAUAUAGAUAUCAUGGGCCAUGGGUGUCGUCUGGUUUCGUUCUUUGGGGUGCCUGUUUGAGAAUGUCUUUGCACAUCUGAAUCUGGUUCUCGAGUUGCUUUCGCUUGCAGACCGAGACCUCGUUCAACGAGGCUUCUACCAGGUCACGCGGCACCAGCUUGAUGAGAAGAAGGCAUGCCCUGCCAUGUACUUUAUUGCGCAGGGGAUGUACAGUACGACCUCUGAGUGUGUGACCUGUCGCAUGCAGCUGAGAGAGUCCGGGAACCCGGUGGACGAGAACCGCGCAGAUUUGGCAGUGGCUGAGAUGCUGAGAUUGUUGGACAAAUGGGAAGGUGAUCCAGCUGUGGUGGUGCAAGCGCUGAAGAGCAAUUCCUCCAAAUUUUUCCUCUCAUCCAGGCAGCUCAGACAGUUGAUUGGCGUCUUUGAGCGGCCGCAGCACCGCAUCGAACUGUGCGUCACACUCUUCAACCGCAUCAUGGACCCGGAGCACGCAAAGCUUUAUCGUGGAAGGAUUGGAAGCUUUGAAGACUUGCUUGUCUUCAGCCGACGCAUCGGCAUGGCCAGGAGUUUCCCAUACAUGCAGCCAGAGUUCGAACAAUUCCACUUCAACUUCCACUUCCAUGAUGAGCGCGCAUGCAUCUCGAACUUGCUGGCGAUCUCAUCUCGCGAAGAUCCGGGGUAUAUUCGAAAUCCAGUGUGCAGCUAUGUGUGUGCAGCGACGCAGCGCAACUUUAUGAAUCGUAAGUACUUGAAGGAGAAGAACCUGGACCUCAAGAAAGUCUUUGAUUCCUUUGAUGGUGCAGAUGGAAAUGGUGAAGUGGGUUACAUCAAGCUCAUUCGAGGCUUGGAGGGCCUCAGCUGGCCAAAUCCAGAGAUUGAACGAAGCGAGAAUGAGCUCAAGGAGAAGCGGGGUUGGGAGGAAGUGACAUUCAUCCACCAAGGGGAGCUCUACGUGACAGUCUUCCGCUGCCUGAAUGCCAAUGGUCAUGGAACCAUGGUGAGAGGUGACUGGACUAUCCUGCAGCAAGUCACUGAUGAUGCCUUUCGGACUGCAAUUUACAGAGCCCCAUUCUCUAAAGCGGAGUUGGACGAAGUUUGUGCAGUCCUCGGAGGGCAAGCUAGGUCCAAUUUGUUACCCUACACCCCCUUCAACAUUUUCCGACCGUCGGAUAGGAACUUUUUAGAUACUGGCAGCGAGCAGGCCUUUUCAGACUACAUGUGUGAGCUGGUGGAAUCCCAGGGCAGCAAGGCCUUCGACGAAGCCCCGGCGGAGACAGCGCCCACCAUUUGGGGCAGCUCCGGGCAUUUGACGAAGGAGCAUGUGGAGCUCGCCUCACGAGAAGUUGAGCAGACCGGGACCACAGUGGCCUUGCGACGCACCACUGGAAGGCAGAACGACUGGAGCCGGACUACUUCGGGGCCUCGCGGCAGCCUCAGUGGUGGCCUGGCUGUUGGCAACAAUCCGGAUGCUGCACAGAGAAGGUUAGAGAGGCUCUAUCAGCUGUUAAGAGCGGAGGACGGCAUGAGCCUGCGGCUGCAGCCUCCAAAGCCUCUGGGUGGCUCCAUCAUUCGACAACAGCUGGCACAGCUCACCAGCAGGACUGAACAGCUUGAGCUGGAGAUGAAGCAAAAGCUGCGUGGCAUCAAUAGCGACGAUCCUGAGAAUUCAAAUGCCGCACUUCAGCAGCACAUCCGUGACAUGCUCCUGGAGCAGCGGCGCUUGGUGGAAGAACUGCAGCGAGAGAUCGCGCAGGAGCCUCACCCAGAGGAGCUCGACUCCCCUCGCUUGGCGCCGCAGGAAGAUAGCAUGCCAUUCAACCAAACCUUCACCGUGCAGCAUUCAUCCACGCCGGUGAUGUUUGAACCACCCCGACCAGCCUACACAGAAACUGCCCGCGGAUUAGGGUCGGGCCAGCGGGAAGGAUCGUCAAAGUGGCAGCCUUCGGUUUUGGUGUCCAAGUCGGCAUCUCCAAUUGCUCAGAGUCCGUCGGGGGAUUUGCCAGAGCUCCGUGUGGAUGCUAUUGAUUUCAAACUGAAACCCUACGACUUCGAGCUACGCCGGCGCGCGUGGCGCUCUCCGCCUUCCGCAGCGCCGGAACAACGCACUGAACUACCCCAUGCUCCGCAAGAGGUCGAGGGAAACGAGCCCGAACUGGAGUCUCCUCGGCUAGCCCCGCCGGAGGAGAGCAUGCCACGCGUGCGGAAGCGGUACGACUCUGGACUGCCAGCAGGGGGCUCCCCGUCUUCGGCUAAGUUUGUCGCAGAAGACAGCUCGGAACCUCCCCAUGCACCUCUGGAGGAACCUGCAGCAAGGAAGCGAUUUGACUCUGGACUGCCAGCAGGGGGCUCCCCGUCUUCGGCUAAGUUUGUCGCAGAAGACAGCUCUGAACCUCCUCAUGCACCUCUAGAGGAACCUGCAGCAAGGUCUGACUCUGGACUGCCAGCACGGGGCUCCCCUUCUUCGGCCAAGUUGGUCCAAGAAGGUCGCUCUGAACCCCAGCAUGCACCCCAAGAGGAAUCUGGAGCAAGAUCGAAGCGGUACGACUCUGUUCUGCCAGCACGAGGCCUGCUGUCUCCGGCUAGAUUUGUCGCAGGGGACAGGUUGGAACCUCCCCGUGCACCUCAAGAUGAAUCUGGAGCAAGGAUGAAGGUCAGCCACCCUGAAGUGCCAGUGUGGGGUUUCCCAUCCUCAGCAUCACAGUUUCUGGCAGCGCAAAGCACUGAACCUCCUCAUGCACCUCGAGAGGUGUGCGAAGAAAGACCGAAGCCAGACCACUCGGUGCCAGCAGUGUGGGGCUCCCCGUCUUCGCCAUCUCAGUUGAUGGCAGAGCAGAGUGCUGAACCUCCUGCUGCUCCUCGGGAAGACUCCGAAGAAAGGACGAAGCCAGAUCACUCGGUGCCAGCAGUGUGGGGCUCCCCGUCUUCGCCAUCUCAGUUGAUGGCAGAGCAGAGUGCUGAACCUCCUGCUGCUCCUCGGGAAGACUCUGAAGAAAGGAUGCAGCCACACGACUCUGAGCUGCCAGCGAGGCGCUCCAUGUCUCCAGCAUCUAAGCCUGUCCCAAAGCAGAUGACCGAACAUCCCCGUGCACCUCGAGAGCGGUCUGCAGACAGAAUGCCUGACCAAGAUCCAGAUACACACCACUUGGAGGAUGCGGACCAGCCACCUGCAAAGGCGACUCCUGCAGAGAGGCCUCUGAGCAAGAAGGUCCCAGUGCAGGGUGAGAAGGGCGCAAGCAGUGGCCAUGAUGAUGAGGGGAAGUCUGCCAUGGAAUGGCAGAAGCAGCAGCUGGCAGAUGGCAUUGUUCUCUUGAAGAGGUGGGUCGGUUUUGAGCACACCUGCCUUCAGCUGCGCGUCAGCAAUAAGAAGCUCUCUGACAUGAAGUUCACCGUGAACAUCGCAAGCUCACUCAAUCUGGAGUUUGAGAAGCCUCCAGCCGCCAAAGGGAAGACAAGCUGUUGUGUCACGGCCAUGUCUGCGACUGAGACUGACAUUUGCUACCUGCAGCAGGUGGAGCACGGCAAAGCAGCAAAGCUCAGCCUGGCAUUUAGCUGGGAACCCCUACCCUUGGACCGCAAACAGCUACAAGCGCUCAACGAAGAAGAUGAGCGCAGGCAGCGUGAUAUUGUUACGCGCCUGAAGCAGAAAGGCAUCACAACGUCACAGAUAAGAUCAGCAGCCAAGAUCCAGGAUGCUUGCAAAGCCCACGGCUUCCCCAGGUUUGUGGAUGCUGAGUUCAUGCCGACGGACAGCUCCCUUUUCGAGGAUCCCACGCAUCAGAAUCAUCCACCGGUGAUUUGGAAACGCCCAGAGGACUUCUGCAAAGGCAGCGUCAGGAUCUUCUCCGAUGACAUCGCUCCAUCGGAUAUUAAGCAGGGUGCUUUGGGCGACUGCUGGUUCCUCGCAGCCUUGGCAGCCAUGGCAGAGGAACCCGAUUUGGUGCAUCGCGUCUUUGCCAACAAUGGAGAAGCGAACGAGCAGGGUGUCUACGAGAUCAGCUGCUUCAAGAACGGGCGGCCCACAACGAUCGUCGUGGAUGACUUCCUCCCCUGCUCACCCAACACAGGAAAGCCAUGCUAUGCCCACGUUGAUUUGCAAGGCCGCAAUGCCAAUGAGCUUUGGGUGAUGCUGCUGGAGAAAGCAUGGGCAAAGCUACAUGGCAGCUACGAGAGGAUCGAAAGUGGCAUGCCGUACCGCGCCUUGAUGGAUUUGCUGGGGGCAGCUGGAAAAGAGUACCACCUCGAAACGGAGAAAAAACCAGAUGGCCUGGUCUCCAAGGACAAGUUCUUUUCGAUGCUGUGCAGAUACGAUGAAGCGGGCUACUUGAUGGUGGCUGGCACUCCAGGUUCUGAUACUUUUACAAAAGGUGACAAGUCCAAGACGCCUUUGUCUGGGCUGAUCCCGGGUCAUGCCUACACACUCCUUUCAGCACACGAAGCGAAAGGAGUAAGGCUGCUGAAGCUGCGAAACCCUUGGGGGGAUCACGAGUGGACAGGCGAUUGGAGCGACAAGAGUAGUCUUUGGACCCAACCCAUGAAAGAUGCUUUCCAUCCCAGCUUCGAUGCCAACGAUGGCGAGUUCUGGAUGUGCGAAAGAGACUUUCUGAGUCACUUCUCUUCGGUGGGUGUUUGCUUCAUCAGCGACUCCUGGGCAACCAGCCGAACGGCCUUGUCCAGCGAUGUCACCGAUUUGUGCAGCCAGCUGGUAUGCAUCAAGACAGUUGCCCCCAUCAAGAAGGGCUUCAUCAGCUUGAUUCAGGAGGACACACGGAUCAAAGGCGCACCUUCCUACACUCAGCUUUCGUUUGCUCUCUAUGGGCCUGUGGUUGAUGGGAAGCCGAAAGCAGAGGUGCUCCGUAGCCACUUGUGGCCUGUGCGAGAGCUGGUCGAGGAAAUCCCGCAUGAGAAGCCCCUACCUGCCGGCGAAUAUUGGGUGGCGGUCUUCACACCAGACAAGGUCCCAGAUCGCCCCUUGACGCUGGUGCUGCAGCUUGAUGCGCAGCAUAGCCAGGUGACGACGAGAGCAGUGGAUGACAGGCUGCGGGAGAGCUUGGCUUUGGCCAGUGCCCUCACAGGCAACCCAAAGCCAUUGGGCCCGGCAUCCAGUCAUGGCGCUUGGUUGCCAAACGGCGGCUACGCCUUCGCGGUGUCCUGCCCACAGCCUGGUGUCGUGAUGUCCUUCGACUUUGCUCCCUGCAAGGGCCUGGCCUUGCGUGGCAAGGGCUCCAAGGUUGAGAUGAGCUUCAAGGGUCAGGAGACAAAGCUGGUGGGUGAACUGCAGCCAUUGAGUAACAAGAAGUCCUUCUCGGUCUCGACCUCCUGCAGAAUGCCCGUUGGUUAG